UUUCCUCCUUGCACCUUAAAUAACAUCUUCUUUCACAACAUUCCAAAUUUAAUAAUCAACACAUAGGUACACCAAAGUGUUGAACUUCUGUGUCUUGCCUCGAGUACAAAUGGCCUACACAAAUAACUCUACUUACCGGACAUCUUUGAUCCCCAAUUUUCUUUACACGGCUUCUUCUUCAUCUUCAUCUUCAUCUUACGUUGUUAAUGACUUGGAGAACACUAGUAUUAGUACUAACAGUAAUGCAUUAUUGUCUCAACCAUCAAUUAUCAAGAAGCCUUUUUUGGUUCCGGCACCAAAAGAGUCUUCAGGUAAAAUAGAGAUGUUCUCACCUGCUUAUUAUGCUGCUUGUACUUUUGGUGGUGUUAUGAGUUGUGGUCUCACUCACAUGGCCGUUACACCCCUCGAUCUUGUCAAAUGCAACAUGCAGAUCGAUCCUACAAAAUACAAGAGCAUUUCUUCUGGUUUUGGUGUUCUGCUCAAGGAGCAGGGUGUUAAAGGCUUCUUCAGGGGAUGGGUGCCUACCCUGCUCGGUUACAGCGCUCAGGGUGCUUGCAAAUACGGUUUCUAUGAAUACUUCAAGAAGUACUACACAGACCUUGCUGGCCCUGAGAAUGCUGCCAAGUACAAGACUUUGAUUUUCCUUGCUGGUUCUGCUUCUGCGGAAGUUAUUGCUGAUGUUGCUCUCUGCCCGUUUGAGGCUGUCAAAGUUCGCGUCCAGACUCAGCCUGGUUUUGCUAGAGGCUUGUCAGAUGGAUUUCCCAAAUUCGUUAGGGCUGAGGGAGCUACUGGGUUGUACAAGGGGCUUGUCCCUCUCUGGGGACGACAAAUUCCAUACACCAUGAUGAAGUUUGCAUCAUUUGAAACCAUUGUGGAACAAAUCUACAAAAAUGUCAUCCCAACACCAAAAAACCAAUGCAGUAAAUCUACGCAGCUCGGUGUGAGCUUUGCUGGUGGAUAUUUAGCUGGUAUUCUUUGUGCUAUUGUGUCACACCCUGCUGAUAACCUAGUUUCUUUCCUCAACAACGCCAAGGGAGCAACUGUGGGCGAUGCUGUGAACAAGCUAGGCGUGAUGGGCCUUUGUACUCGCGGUCUUCCUAUUCGUAUAGUCAUGAUUGGGACACUCACUGGAGCACAAUGGGGCAUCUACGACUCUUUCAAAGUUUUUGUUGGACUGCCAACAACUGGUGGUGCCGCUGCACCUGCCCCUGCUAAGUGAAGAGAAAAAAUGUGAAAAUUCUUCGCCAGUACAACAAUUUCAUUUAGUGGCAAGUGGAAAAUUGGAAAUGUUUCAAUUCCAUAGAAAAGUUUGAACAUUGCUAGCUAGGAAAAUUUUGCAUUUGAUUCAACUUUUGCAGUAAAGAUUUGAUUUCUUUUUGGGAGGAUGAAUUAUUUUAUCCUCUAGAUGACUGGCUACUAAAGAAUCACUUAUGUAAUGACAAUUUUUUAUUUGCAAAAAUGUGUUAAUUUCUUCUUUUCA